GUUCCUCAUAAAUCUCAAUGACAACAAACAUGGCGCAUGAUGAGGAUGAAAUUCUAAAAGUCUAUGCUGAAUGGAAACGAGAUGUUUUAGAAGAAAAGAGAUACAUAUUAUGUAAAGAUAUAGAUCCUCAAAGAUUCUUUCCAUUUUUACGUUCAAAGCAAAUUUUAGAUCAGGAUAAUGAAGAAGACAUUAAUUAUGAAAGAACUCGUCUUCGUCGUGCUGAGCGCUUCUUAGAUAUUUUAGUUACGAAGGGACCGGAUGCUUUUGAUUAUUUUUGUGAAGCUCUGUUAACACAAGUUGCUGGACAACUACAUUUACUUAAAGAAAUUCUAGAAGCCUUGGAUGACAAGCGAGAAGACAUAAGUGAUUUGAAUCACCGCCGGGAAUUACCUCCUCUGAGAUUUUCAGUACCGCUACCAACUCCUGGUCAAAUUGGUGGACCAGAAUUACCUUUUGAACCGCCACCCGCUUAUGUUGAGGUCGAAAGGUGAUUGAAUUGUUGGAACAAUAUGCUGUAUGUGCCCAGGGACGAAUGAUAAAACAGUGUAAGCUUCUUAUAAGUAAAUUUGUAGAAAUUUCAGAAAAACUGAACCGUGAGAAAAGUAUAAGCUGUUUUCUAAGGGGCUAGAAUUAAAGUUUAAAAACACAGAAACAACAAUAUAUUUCGUGCUUCAUUCUUAGUAAACUUUGUGUUAUUAUGAUUCAUAAUGAUUGUCAUGUUGUUAAAUCGAAACUUGUAAUUUGUUGCUACCCUGAUGAGAUUAAAUAAUGACACAGAAAGCAAAAGGGUAAGUAAACAACAUUCCUCUCGUCACAAGUUCAAUUUUUAUUUUAUCGAAGUGAGUUUUAAGUAUUAUAAAUCUAAAAAAAUACAUGUAUUUAUCAAAACAAAUUUGUUUUAUAAACUUCACUAAUAACAUUAGCUUCUUUUAUUUCACAUCUCAAUGAAAAUCUCAUAAAAAACAGAAGGAGUCACUAUGACUUUGAUAAUAUUAAAUUUUUUCGUUUUCCAACUUUACUUUAACAAAUAAAUUUUCCAUAAUUUAAAAAAAUCUUUUGGCGAGAAUAAAUAUUUGUUAUAAAAAAGAAAAAGCUAUUUGAACUGUGUGACAGAGAAGUUUGUUUCUAAAGUUAGUCGAAACAUCAAAUAGAGCAUUUUUUUACACUGCUGCUUUGGUUGAAGAAUAAAAACAGUAAAAAGUAGCAAAACAAACAUGGACCCGAACACAGGGUGAAUAGCGUGGUAACGGCUACGCACAAAGUUACCCUCUUCCGCACACACAGUGCAUUUAGCAUACGUAUAUACACAUAUAUAUAAAAAAAUAAAACUUUCUACUAUGCUAGCUAGAUAAUACCUGGUAGGUUCAAAUAGACUAAUAUCUUCGCAUACAUUUUACGUGUUCUCUUAAAAAGAUUCAUAUACGUAACCGCAUGCGUUCUAGCUAUUUAAGUUUGGAACGAACGAAAUAUGUUGUUGUCAGACAUAAAUUGAACCAUUUAAUAGACUUUUGGUUCUUAGGUUUUGUUAUAUAUUAAACUGUGUGUGGCAGAAUCGAUAAUCUAGGUGACAUCAUGUUGAGUGACGCGAUGCGUUUUUAUAUUUUUACUUUACAUAGAUUAAGAUCAUUAUUAGUUAAAGCAGGAUAGUAAAACUCCUCAACGCAGAUAAUGAACUUUCCUUACGUGGUUUUAAGGGUAAAACCCAGAAAACAGCAUUUUGACCCACAAAGUCAAAAUAAAAACUUUUUGUCGAGAUUUCUUUUCAUUUUGCGUAAAAUAAAUAAAUUUAUUUACCUCAGACCUAAAAAAGGGAGAUGCACAAGGCGCGGUUGGGUUGUAAAUAUUGAGUCAAGUUAAAUUUGAAAUAAUAAAAUGAAUAACCGCAUGAGCA